GGAAAGGAAUCGGUGAAUCUCCAACCGUCACGUCUGAAUAGGAUCAGAUUUCUCCUCUUUCCUCCCUUUUCCGCUUCCUUCAUUAUUAUUCUUUCCUUCCUCUUUUGACUCCUUCACUCUUCCCGCUCUCUCUCUCUCUCUCUCUCUCUCUCUUCUACAACCCUCCUAUCCCCUUCAUAGGGUUCUUCUUCUCUUCUCAUUCCUCUCAUUCUCCUCUUCAUCUCUCUCUCUCUCUCCUCUAUCUCUCUCCUCAAGCUGAAGCUGCUGCAUCAAUGGCGGAAUUUUCGACGGCCAAAGAAUCACUCACCAUGUCUAUGUCAAUGGCGACAUCUUCAUCAUCAUCAUCUGGAUCGUCUUCUUCUGCUGCCGUUGACGACGAUUUCGAAGACGCUUGUAGUAUCUGCCUUGAGCCUUUCUCUCUUCAUGAUCCUGCUUCUGUGACAACUUGCAAACAUGAGUAUCACCUGCAUUGCAUACUUGAAUGGUCUCAGAGGAGUAAAGAAUGCCCGAUUUGCUGGCAGGAUCUUGCCUUGAAGGACUCUGCAAGCCAAGAGCUUCUAGCUGCUGCUGGGAUUGAAAGGAAUGCUAGGACAAGGCGGUUGUCGAAUAAUAGAACCGAUUAUUCUCAUCAGUAUCAAGAGUCCGAUUCUGCAUAUGGGUCUCAUUGGACUGAUGACUCUGAUUUCAAUGAGCGUAUGAUGCAGCAUUUGGCUGCUAUGAUGAGCCGUGCUCGGCAAGCCCAUAGAAAUGGGAGGCAGAGAUCUUCUGAACGAAGUCCUUCUCCAGAUUUUAUGUUUGCAUCUCGUCUAAGUGAAUCAACUGUGCAUCCAAAUAGUCCUGAUGAGUGUAGUUCUGCUUAUGGUUCACCCGGCAGCAGUUCACCCAUUGCUAGUAGCUCCCAGCGCCCUAUAUCAGCUAGCCCAUCAGCUGUUAAUGUUUCAGGCUCUGCUCCAAGGAGAGUUCCUCACCAGCCUUCUAGACCCCCUCAAAGCCAAUCACCCGAGUGUGCUCAAAGACUAAAGUCAUCUGAGCUACUUGCCUUUUCAGAGUCAAUUAAAUCCAAAUUUUCUGCAGCCUCAGCCAGGUACAAAGAUUCAAUUUCAAAAGGUACCCAAGGUUUUAGGGAAAAGCUUCUUGCUCGUAAUAGCUCAGUUAAAGAACUUAGUAAAGGAGUUCAAAGAGAGAUGACCUCCAGCAUAGCUGGUGUUGCACGACUGAUUGACCGUCUAGACCUCAAAUCCAAACGGAACACACAGUCUGGUGAAGCUCUUAAUCAUGGUGGGGAGACCUCGAACUUUUUUUCUAAGGGAAAAGGGGUGUUAGAUCAUAUUAUAGCAAGCUCUCGGGAGAAUCGUGUGGAUACAGAAGGAGAUUUAUGUUUGCAUGAAAAAUCCCAGGCCACAAGCCCUAUUUCAAGCCAUAAAGAUGUUUCCUGCACAGAGAGACGUAAUUGAUGCUGUUGUAGCAUGGUUCUAUCUGAUGCAUUGAGGUGCAGUUAGCAAAUACUCCGCUUUCAGAGAUAUUGUAUACCGUUGCAAGAGACGUCUAUCAAGAUUCAAGGAGGCCAAUCUACUCUUGUUGGUUCCUGCGUCCUGCAGGUGGUAAUUUUUUUUGUUUCCACAGAAUUGCCUUUUUUCGUCAGUUGUGCUCUAGCUGAUAAGUAUAUAUGUCUAAAAUUGAUGGAAUUUUUAUUUUGACUUGUAACUGGGUUUCAUAUUAUGAUAAUUGCUGUUGUAACAAUAAGUGAUGAUUGUCUACUCAUUCGAAAAUUAUACACCCUUGGACUUAAUAUAUGGUUACACAGUCUGAAACCAUGUUUCAAGUA